UUCCUGCCUCCCAAAUACGACGGCCAUCUUGGAGCGGUCGUCCUACCUACUUGGCUAAAUCAUAAACAUCUCAAGAUGCCUCAAUAUUGUGCGGCUAAUUUUUGCUCAAAUCGACGGACUGUUGACGUUAGGACUCGGGGGAUAACUUUUCACAAGUUUCCCAAAGACAAAGACAUGAGGAAGAAGUGGGAAGCGUCUUUGCAGAGAGAGCGAUUCACUGCAAGUGAUUCAUCCGUGCUGUGCAGUGAGCAUUUUAAACGGGAGGAUUUCGACAGAACUGGUCAGAUUGUCCGACUGAGAGAUGGUGCUAUUCCAUCAAUCUUCAGCUUCUCUGCUGACCUCCAAAGACCAGAAAAGAGCAGGAUGACAGUAACCUCCAUAAAAGUUGAGCCUUGCCUGUCUGUGGCCUCUCAGGAUACCACAGAAACUUGUACCUCACAGCCGCAGCCUCAGCCUAAUGAUGAUCAUGGCUAUGCCUUGCCAGCUUCUCUUACUGCUGUUACGGCUAAACUGAAGGAAGCCUUGGCAAGAGUGGAAAGUCUAGAGCGGGAAAAGAAAAACGCCAUGGCCAGAGAAAAGAGGGCAAAGACCACAGUUCAGUCUCUGUUGGGGGAUUUGAGUGACAAGAAACUAAUUAAUAAGAAGCUCAGAGAGAGGCUUGAAUUAUACUCAGAUCUUCAGCUGGACUUCUUAGAAAAUCAGGGCCAUGAGUACUCAAAGGAGCACAGAGAGUUUGCCCUCACACUCCAUCUGCACAGUCCAAAGGCAUACAAGUACCUCCGGGAUACUGGAAAAUUGCCCCUCCCACAUCCACAUACAUUACAAAGGUGGCUGGAAUAACAAUCCAUCUGCAUGCCAGUUCCAGGACAUCUGAUGGUUCGAUGUGGUGGCUCCCCUAGUGGCAAUGUGGCUGCCCAGCAUGACACCUUGUCCCUGUCACCUUUAGAUGUCCUCUGCUUGAAUUGCUGAAGAGUAACAAUCUCCAUUUCAGAUGUUGUGUGCGACCAUGGCGAUCUUCCAAAUAAGUUUGGUGGUCUGGUGGAAAAUGCUCUGGUUUCUACAGCAGGAUUUGUAGCAGAUUCUACGAAAACUGCUGUGUCAUGUGAGCUGGUCAGAAAGGCUGUGUCAUCAUUUGAUGGGUUACCACCUCCUAACCCUGAACAACUAUGGUUCCAUCACAAGGCACAGUGAAGCUGCUGAGAGCUGAGAUACUAGAGCUUCAACACAGCAACCUCCAAAGGUGUCAACCAUUGCACACAUUGUUCGCAAAGAGACUGGAGAAGAUUAGACAUAAUUUGACACUCAGGGCUUCCCCCAGUGUAUCAUAAGCCUGGCGGGCAGGCAAGCUUUACUCGUGUGCGUUUAAUCUCAACAUGUUGAGUUUGUGUCUGCGCUGAUAAAGCCUGAAUUCCUGGUUAGCCGGUGCGUUGGUGAGCCAGUGGUACUGUCCGUGGAGGAGCUUUCAUGCUCGCCUCGUAGUUGCGCAGCCCACGGGUUUAUUUGUAUUGUAUUUGUUUGCAGUGACACAAUGCAUCAAACUGUACAAUAUGAAAUGCUUUAUCUACAGUAGAAUUAAUGCGCACAUCCGCGCUGAGAGCAGACAAACCUGUCCCAUAAAGCUUGGGCAACCAAAACAGUCUUUGUGGUGCUUAUUAAAAACCUUAAU